UUGAAUCAAAUGCUAUGUUGCAGCUGAUGUACGAGACCAUGAGAAUUAAGGUGGAGAGUGUUGUUGAGAAAGGGACCAUUCCCCAUGAUCAUAUCAGCAAUGAGCAAGAAAAACAAGCUUUCAGCAGAUGGAUUGAUGAGUUUGCUUCAACGCAACUCCUAAAUUCCUAAUCCUAUGAAAUCUAGCAUUACCCUUUAUUGGUUUUUAUUAUUUUAUUUUUGGGGAAAAAUGUGCAACCACUAAUGUAAGGUAGGUUGAUCAGGUUCUGUUGGAGGGUGGCAAGGACAUGGACAUCACUGGCCAUACAAUACGAUGCCCGACCUCGUCUAUGUAUCCAGAGAGAAAAGGCCCGGUUCACCCCACCAUUUCAAGGCUGGUGCCCUUAAUGUCCUGAUUCGAGUAUCGGCCACCAUGACCAAUGCCCCAGUAGUCCUGACUCUCGACAGCGACAUGCACUCAAAUGAUCCACAAACACCACUUCGCGCACUGUGUUAUCUCUUGGACCCUGAUAUGGAUCCAAAUCUCGGGUUCGUUCAGUUUCCUCAAACCUUCCAUGGGAUCAACAAGAAUGAUAUUUAAGGUGGCGAGUGUAGACAUGUGUAACGAAUUCAUACCAUUGGAAUGGAUAGCCUAGCAGAUCCUAUACAUGUAGGGACUGGAUGUUUUUUCUGGGCGAGAAGUCUUCUCUGGUGGCCCAUCCAGACCCCCGGACUGAGCUCAGACCAUCCAGACCCCACAAAAAGCUUCUUAAUUUUGAAAUCAAUCAGCUUUCAAGCAUACCCAAAACCUUUUUAUUAUAAUUUUUCCCAAGCCAAACAAUCCAUUGGAGGAAUGGAAUAUCCUAUUUAAUUA